UACGCAGGGACGCACUGACUACCGGCGGGCGGGGCAGGAACGGCGAGGUCGGCGGCGCCCCGCCCAGUCAGCAAGGUUGCGCGUGCCCAGGGCGGCCGCCAAGAUGGUGGUGGGCGCGUUCCCCAUGGCGAAGCUGUUCUACUUAGGCAUCCGGCAGGUUAGCAAGCCGCUGGCCAACCGCAUCAAGGAUGCCGCUCGCCGCAGCGAGUUCUUUAAGACCUACAUCUGCCUGCCGCCAGCCCAGCUGUACCACUGGGUGGAGAUGCGGACCAAGAUGCGCAUCAUGGGCUUCCGGGGCACGGCCAUCAAGCCACUGAAUGAGGAGGCAGCAGCAGAGCUGGGUGCUGAGCUGUUGGGUGAGGCCACCAUCUUCAUUGUGGGCGGAGGCUGCCUGGUCCUGGAGUACUGGCGCCAUCAAACUCAGCAGCGCAAUAAGGAGGAGGAGCAGCGGGCAGCCUGGAACGCGCUGCAGGACGAGGUGGGCCGCCUGGCACUGGCCCUAGAAGCGCUGCAGGCUCAGGCACAAGCCAUGCCCUCCUUGAGUGCCCUGGAGGAGCUGCGGGAGGAGCUGCAGGAGGUGCGUGGCCAGGUCUGCAGUGCCCACUGUACUCCCAAGUGCCAGGCAGCAUCUUCCAAGAAAUAGCCAACUGCUGGGGCCUGAACUUGUCUGUGGCCGUGCGGCCCCCAGUAGGGCCUUCUCCUCACACUUCCUGGCCUGGGCUGCUCUGGCCUAGCAGAAACCACAAGGACCUUGAUGUAGCUGUGACGUGUGGUCACCCCUUACUGACAGAAUCUGGGCAUUUCCCCCGGGGAGCACUCAGCAGAAGAAGCGUUCAGAGUCCAUCCAGCCUCUGAAAGCGCUCAGCCCCACCAGAACCACAUUGGACUUUCAAGGUCUUAACAACCUGACUUUCCACUGCUCUAGCAAAGGCAAAAAAUGGAACCGGGGCUCAUGUCUGAUCAGGACAUAGACAAGGUCAGCUGCCCGUCAUUGGAGCGCCUGCUUCCUGUGGUGCACACAGGCAGCGGCGAGCCUUGCCUCAGGUCAGCGUAGCUCCCAUGGAAGCAGCAGAGUGCAAUUGAUGUCCCCACUCUCUCUCCCCACUCUCCCUCUGAGGUCCCCUCCCCCCUCAGCCUGUGACACUGCCCUACUUCCUCCUUGUCACAGACUGAUCCUAGCUCUCUCAAACCUGACCUGUCUCAGCUGUAGCCCUGCUGCCCUGCCCUGGACCUUGUUCAGGCGCAUGUGUUUCCCCCUGUCCUUCAAUGGCAUUUUUCAGUUGGGUGGGUUAGAUGUCACAUGCACAUCAGUGACCCUCCAUACCCCUGUAGGCCCAGGGCCCCCCACCCUUGCUGUUGGUCCCGCCCUCCUUGAGCAUCUCCCCAGACACGAUACAUUGCUAGGGAUGUGAUAGAGGGCGUGGGGUAACCUGUUCUCCCACCAUCCUGGAAGCCAGCCACAGAGGGCAGGGUGUUUGGGCCCCACUUUCUUCAUGUGGCCUUCUCUUCCCCCAUCUGUCUGUCUGUCUGUCUGUCCGUGUGUGUGUGUGUGUGUGUGUGUGUGUGUGUGUUUCUCUCUCUCUCUCUCUCUCUCUCUCUCUCUCUCUCUCUCUCUCUUUCACGAGGACACCUGCCCUGAAUACAAGGCCCACCCUAAAUCCAGGAUGACCACACUGAAAGAGCCUUUAUUCCAUCUCUGAAGACCCUUUUUCUAACUGGGGACACACAGAUUCCACGGUCAGGACAUUGGGUUUUCUUUGAAGGCCUCUAUUCAGCUUAUGGCCUUCUGCCUUUCUAAGAAGAUGCAGGCCCGGCCAUGCGUUUUGGCUCCUGGCUGCUGGGGUGGGGCCGAGUGCUACAGCUCCAGAAGGACUGUGGGUGCAGCAGCCACUGUCACGCUCUCCAGCUCCUGAUGGAAGGAGGCCUCCUAAGGAUAGAUGUAGGGCAUAACUAAUGUGGACCUUCGAACUGGGCCAGUGAUCAUUAACAGUAGAGAAAGUGGGGCUCGGUGGCCCGCACCUGGGAUCCCAGCACUCAGAGGCUAAGGCGGGAAGGAGCCUGGACAGCCUGCUGCUGAACCACCGGAAGAGACCCUGUCUUUAAAAACAAGCCGGAAAAAAAAAAAGACAGAAACCUCCAGGGAAAGGGGCUGAGACUCCUGUGAGUGCUUUCCCACAUUUAGAAACUGAGGCCCAGGAAAAGGGAAGCUAAGAGACUUGGCCAAGACCCCAUAGCUCAGGAGGGACCAGCUACAAAGGGUGGGGAGGAAGGGCCAGAGCCCCCAGAUGGUUCUGGCUGUAGGACAAGAUGAGGUGAAGGUCCGACCUCUUCCUGGUGGCCAGAGGCACUGGUUUCUGCCCCAUCAGAAAAGCCCCAGGUUGCCGGGAGGUGGUGGCGCACUCCUGUAAUCCCAGCACCCUGGGAGGCAGAGACAGGUGGAUUUCUGAGUUCGAGGCCAGCCUGGUCUACAGAGUGAGUUCCAGGACAGCCAGGGCUACACAGAGAAACCCUGUCUUCAAAAAACAAAAAACAAAACAAACAAACAAAAAAAGCCCAGGUCAUAACCAAGAUGUCUGAAUUUGGGAAACAGGUUCAUUCUCCCUGGUCCUUGUCCCUAGAGAUGGCAUUUGCAGGGCUCCCCCCAAGACGGUGGAAAUGACCUGUCUCCAGGAUUCCCCAGACUGAAACUGUACCUCAGUUUCUCCUAGAAGAGGCUGAAGUUGGCAUCUUUAAAUUUAGGAGUGGCUGGGUUCGGUGAAAGCCUAACUGGGGACAAAGGGCACACGGCUGUGAUUGGGGGGGGGAAGGAGCCAGGGCAGCUGCCCGAUUGCCGUGGUUACCGCUGUGGGGUCCAGUCAGGCACUGCCAGCCCUGGCCACUGUGCCCUGUCAGACCACAGCACUUCAGCAAAGCCGAGACAGGGAGGGCGGGGCGCUCCCUCCGGCCUCAGCCUCUCUGCUGGCCCAGAACCCCAUAGGAAUGUUUCCUCUACUUCCUUGGGAGGAAACAGGCACCAAGAUGAAAUGUCACCUUUGGGUGGCACAAGCAUGAAAGUAGGCCUCAGGGCCCAACCUGACCCGGUGGAGCCGUCACAUGGUCCUGGUGUGUGUGACAGCCUCACCGUGCGACAGUGCAGGAAGCCACCAUGUUGUAGGGUGUGGUUCCAGAGGUCUGCAGGGCAGGAGGCUGAGCAGCUCUCCUGGUCUGGCUCCCACUCACUGCGAUGUUACAGGUCUCCCACAGGGGAGGGGGAGGAGGAGAAUAAAUCUAUGAAUGAA